CUUUAUUUGUGUGUCCUGGGGCCCCUUCCCUGUAGGACUGCAUGCGAGAAGGCUCCGUCUGUGGCCGCCCCCCCGCCCGGCGGCCGGGCCCCGGCCUCGCCAUGGCGCAGGUGCGGCGCGAGGAGCCCAUCUCCCCGCUGUCCCUGGCGGGAGCCUGGCGCUCCGCCGCGGCCAGCCUGGAGGUCUACAAGGGCAGGCCGCCCCCGACCUGCGACUCUUUGCCGCCCCCGGUCCUCCUGUGCCUGGCCACCUGGGCCGCGGCCGGCUACCGCCUCGUGCUGCACCCCGCCGCGGGCGACCCCGCGGCCUUCGGCGCCUGCCUCACGGCCGACGCGCUCUUCGCGCCGCGCCCGGCGGAGCUGCGGAGGUACCUGCUGCACGCGCUGUGGCCGCUGGAGGCGGGCUACGCCCGGGGCUUCCUGGCCUCGGCGGCCCUGCUCGUCCAGGGCUUCGCGCUGGAGAGCCAGGAGGGCACCGCGGCGUUCGCCCUGCAGCUGGCCGGCCUCCACACCGCCGCGGCCGCGCUGCUGCUGGGCCUGGGCGCCUCCGCCUGCCAGGUGUCCCUGGAGCCGGCCCUGGCCGGCCUCGCCGUGGUCAUCCACGCCGCGAACCCGAAGGUGCACACGGACGGGCUGGAGAGGUCCCUGCGGGUGCCCUUCGCGAUCGAGCCCCGCUGGCACACGUGGCUCCUCGGGGCGCUGCUGCUCCUCGCGGCCGGGAACUUCCCGCGGGCCCUGGCGGCCCACGCGGUGGGCCUGGCCCUGGGCGGGCUCUGCGUGCUGCGGGAGGAGCCCCUCGCGGGGCCGUGGCGGCAGGCCUGGCAGGCCGUCCGCCAGAGGUCCUUCGGCUGCGGCGCGCUCGUGCACCUGGGGCUGCUGCUGUUCGCGCUCCUCGCCGCGCCCUUCGCGGCCGAGGAGGGCCUGGGCGGCACCGCGCCGCUCCUGCACCUGGCCGUCUCGGGCCAGGUGCCGCCCCAGGCUCUGCUGACCUGCAAGGUCAUGCUCUCCUGCGCAGUGCCCCUGGCCCUGUCGCCCCUGAGGAUCUGGGUCCGGCUCUACGCCGUGGGCUGCGCCCUGCUCGCCAUGAGUGGCAUGAACUCGCCAGCCUGGAGGGGCGGGAAUCCGCACCUGGGCCUGGCGCUGCUCGUCUACCUCACGUGCGGGUUCUGGUGCCUGUACGGCCUGCCCGACCGCCAGCCCGACAAGGACCGCCCCGCCUGAGCGUCGGCCGCUCCGCUGGCGCGGGCGCGCGCGCCGCGCGCGCGCGCGCUGGGCGGUGGCGGACGCUGUUCGCGCCGCGCUGGCGGGGCCCAGCGACGAGCCCGGGCUCCUGCGGCACUCCACCGUCGCGAGGUUUGCACUCGCGAGAGCCCCGACCAUCACUGGCGGCGACGUCCCAUGGUGCCAGGCCCCUAUAGCAGCCGAAAAGCUAGGUGGCCGGAAAGCGUCGGGUACCGAUGGGCGUGCCCGAAAUCGUGGUCGAAGGCGCAGUGCUACUGGACUUGCGACCGAAGUUGGUUUGGUUUCGAACCAAGAACUUCGGCCACACUCUGGCGCGGUCGGAACAAGUCGGGCGCUGGUUCCGGUCGCAUGCAGGCAGAUGUUCGGGCACAGUUGCAGAGACGAGGCUGCGCGAGACGUAUUCAUGUCCACCCCCUCGGCGGUCUGGACUCUGGGGCGCGAUCCCGUG